UCUGAUGGCUGUGGCUUUCUGCAGGACCACAGUGCAAACCCUUGCACCGUGGCCCAGGUUGGGAUGGAAAAUGCAUGUACGGUCUUGCAUUCUUACGCUGUAUCCUCUCGACAGCGCAGAGCCCUGAGCAAGUCUUUACCCCUCCCCACCUCCCAGAGUUGAAAUGAUUCAGUGAUAGCUACGAGCCCUUUUUCAUGGUAAUUAUAAUCAGUCAUCUGAACACAUUUAUGCAUCCGUAGCUUUUCAGUUUCCCACGUAAAUAGCUGCCAUCAGGAGGGUUUUUUGAGGGCUGAUUGGGCUGGAAAAGGUGCCAUUUAGAAUGCAAUCUGUGUUUCUAGCCUUUCCAGCAGGAUGACAGGUGAAGUCAGUCUGGUCAAAACUGGUGGUGAGCUUGUUAAUUCAGAGCUCUUAGCUGUGUGGAGGUAACUGCUUUAUUUUUAACAUGCAACUACAGAAGCAUUCGUUUUGAGGGGGGAAAAGAUCCCUGGUUGCUCUUUCGGGGUAGUAGAAGAUGUUAAAUUGCCAGUUCAUCAAGCAUUAAGGCUAGCCGAGUCCGUGGAGAGUGGAUGAAGACAGCAGGGUAGCUUCAGCAAGAGGGUGGAUGUUUUUUGAUAUCUUGCCUGCUGUGUACAAGGAUCUGGUCCCAGAGGCCUGGCUGAGCCCAGGAACUGCUUUAUUGGACGUGGUAGCACUUGAGUAUCAGAGGGUACCAUGCACAGAUCUGAAGAGCGAGAGAGCUGUGAGAGAAGAUGAGACUGGCUUUCCCCAAUCAACAAGAAUAAGUGCCAAUCCUCUACCACGGUCUCAAGUGCCCCCUCUGAGGCCCUCUGUAUGAGUGACACGCCAGUCGGCCAUGGAACCCAGCCCUGCCCUGGCCUGGCUCCUGCUGCUGAGCCUGGUGGCCGACUGUCUGAAAGCUGCCCAGUCCCGAGACUUCACAGUGAAAGACAUCAUCUACCUCCAUCCUUCAACCACUCCAUAUCCUGGUGGAUUUAAAUGUUUCACCUGUGAAAAAGCAGCAGACAAUUAUGAAUGCAACCGAUGGGCUCCUGACAUCUACUGUCCUCGAGACACCAGAUACUGCUACACUCAGCACACGAUGGAAGUCACAGGGAAUAGCAUCUCUGUUACCAAACGCUGUGUCCCACUGGAGGAGUGCUUAUCCACAGGCUGCCGAGACUCGGAGCAUGAAGGCUACAAGAUCUGCACCUCCUGCUGUGAAGGAAAUAUCUGUAAUCUACCGCUCCCUCGAAAUGACACUGAUGCCACAUUUGCCACCACGUCCCCUAUAAACCAGACAAACGGGCACCCACACUGUGUGUCAGUGAUUGUGUCCUGCUUGUGGGUGUGGCUGGGACUCACCUUAUAGUAACCCUCCCUACCCAAUGUAGGUGAGCUCUGUGGUUUCACCGUGGCCAUAGUCAUGCAUGAGUCAUCAGCUUGGCAGCAGCGACACAAUGCAACCACAGCACCCCGAGACGUCAUCACAGCCAGCCAUUACCAUUCCUAUGAAGAGCAAGCAUUGCUCCCUCCCGUGCUGUCAUUUCCAGCCUAACCACAACCCCGCCUGAGUCAGCCUGUCCCCGAUACGGACCCUGAUUCUUACACCACGAACCUGUUAUUUCGCUCCAAGAAAGACCUCUGCUUUUAUUGAUGUCUGGGGUUCCUGCUUCAGCAUCCAUGCCUGAGCUGCAGGAGGUCCUGGGCCCUCUGAAGAAUAAGCUAUGGAUACAGGAGAUAUUCAUUCUCCUCAGGAAAAGAGUAAAGAACCAUUGGUUUCAUUGCAACCACACCUGCACCUAGAGCUUUAGAAGUUUAAAACUAAAUCCAAAAUAAAUGGAAUCGUUUCUUUGAGAUUCUGAUGGAGUCCCCGAAAGAGCAGAAAGAGCUUUGCUCGAUUUAAUUUCCCCAGCCUUCUUAUCUUAACAUUGGGAAACAUGUUCCUUCUGCUCUUUGUAGAAGAUUAAAAAAAAAAGCAAUUAUAAAAGUUUGCCGUAUUUGUAGGAGUGAAAAGAGAACAAUUUCCUUCAACUUGAUGAAAUUAGCAUCCUCAAGAUGACGUUAUCCCUUCUUGUAACUGAACAGAUUGGCCUUGACUCGGGAACUAAUUAUGCUUCCCGAGUUCCCGGAUUCCAGGUGGACCAGUAGCAUCUAAAAAGUUACUAAAUGAAUGGGAUGAUUUUCUCCAGGUGUUGCAUUCCAUUCAGAUAUAGCUGAUCUCGUCAGAGAGAGGACUUCAGAAUAAAAGGAAGCUCUGUGGAGGUUAGUCCUAGUUCAUUUUGAAGGCUCAGAAAUGGCUAAGCAAAAGUCUUUCUCUUUCCAUAGUAUUUACUGCCAAAGAGCUGUCUCCUUCCACAAUCACAGUGACUUGAAAGAGAAAGUUCUGAGCUAAAUUCUCAUUAGAUCAAUAAGAUAAGAGCACACCUGUGCUAGAAUAAGAAAAAGAUGGAUCGUAAGUAGUACGGUGGCCUAAGAUUUGUUUCUCUCAGUUACCGUUUUUGAAGUAGAAGGAAAGGCUUUUAUUGUCCGUGUAUUUUUUUUAACCUAUGAAGUUGCAUAGUUGUUUUCUUCUCCCAUGUAAAUUCUUUAAAUGACAUUUAUUUUUGUAUGGUAUAAACUGAAAACUAUAUUUCAAAAAAAAUUCUUUUCUUUUUCUCCACAAAGUAUCAGUUAGAAUGCUCGCUUUCAACAGCGGGAGGAAUUGUCAUCACUCCUGAUCAUGGGAAGUUAUCUGUGAUCCUAGGACUGAUGCUGAAAAAAAUUAUUGCUAUGAACAAGAGUUGUGCAUUUGCCUCAAGGGUUUGCCUCAUUGUCUCCUCAGAAAGGUUGCCCGAGAAAUAUUAGGGUGAAGGCCAUCACUGGUGUGACCGUCUUUGCAGGGCUGUGGGGUGUGUCCACAGGGAACUGGGCGGAGCUAUGUCUCCAAGAGGUCAAUGAUGUUAAAAUAUAUCUGCCCUGCACAGAGAACUUUAGCUUAAAUGAGACUCCCCCACCCCCUCAGGGACCAAAUCUGAACUGAGGGCAGAAACUCUGAUGCAAAUCAUUGACGUUGCAUCACACAGCCUUAAUGAAGAGUUUGACAGGCGUAUCAAUUUCUUGCUUAUGACUGCAGAUGGGAGAGCAGGAGAGAACGACCUGUAGUAAGCACCUCUUAUGUGCCCGGCACUUUGCUAAGCACUUUACAUAGUUAGGCCAUAUAACCCUACAUCAAUUCUGUAAGGACAGAACCUAUUGAUGUGUACACAUGAAGGUCCCAAGGCUCAAGGAAGUUUGAUAAAUGAAGCCUUUUCCUUCAGAUUUAGUUUAUGUGGGAUGCGACAUGUUUGGGAGAAAAAAAAACGGGGGAGGGGGGAUGGAAUUUCUCAGCUAGGAAAAACUCUAGGCCUGACUUCAUGGGAAUUUCCCCCAUCCUAUCAUAUAGAACGUAUCCUGCUUCUCAGGAUGACAUUUGCAUGUGUCCCCAGUUGUCACUUUUCCUUUGGGGAGUAAAGUUAUAGCUUCCUUAUUUAUCCUCUCGUACAGAGAGGAGGUAGUUGACCUUGCAUCUAAAGAUGCUCUAAGACAAUGAGAAUUUGAUGUCGUACAUGUCUGCAAGUACUGUUUUUGUGCAUGGCCACAUUCCACUGACAUUUGCCAAGUCUGCAUGCAAUCAGAACAAGAGACAAGGGACUGACCAUACGAGAGCCUCCCUGCCUGGUUUUCAGGGAUUGGAUCUCAAGGGUACAGACUGUCCUCACCUGGGGAGUAAUGGCAGCCAUUGUACACGUGUGCUGCAUACGUCCAUAAUGCCUUUCAAAGUGUCUUUUUCAUUCUCUUGAAAGAGCGUGGAUUUGCUCACCACCCCCAGCACCAAGAAACCAAGGUGGGACCAUUCAUGUUGAAGGUCCAGGACUAGUUACCCAUGUGACUGUAGUCACUUUAAACUUUCCAUUAAACCUCACCAUUGGUGAUGGCUUACAGUGCAAAGAGCCAUGAUGUGUAUAUUAACCUAUGCUCUACAUAUUUAUUUUUAGACUUUCUUCAGCAUCCAUGUUAGUAUGGGAUCGAUGCCUAUAUGUAAAUAUUGUACACUUUGUAAAUCAAUGAAUAAAGAUUUUAAGUGUCUUUCA